AUGAGCAAAGAACCUUACGUGGGCCAGCGAGUUUCCUACGGCGGCGCACUCUGCACUGUCCGCUAUGUCGGUGAGGUCGCGGGAACCACGGGCUCAUGGCUGGGCGUAGAAUGGGACGACCCGACCCGCGGGAAACACGAUGGCUCGCACAAGGGCGUGGAUCAUCCUAACAAGGUCAAUCUAGGUCUCUCGAGGUCGUCCACGGCUGCGUCCUUUGUCCGCCCUACGCGGCCCAAAGACGAUGUCCAGGGCUUCCUAUCCGCCCUCAGGGAGAAAUAUGUCUCUGACCCAGAACAGGACAAAAACGGCCAGCCGGACGCUCAAAUCAUCAUCUCUGGAACAAAGGUUGCAGAAGAAGUGGGCUUUGACAAGAUCUGGAAGAAGCUCGCACAGGUCAAAGACCUCAAGGUCGUGAUUUUGGACGGCAUGCGAAUAGCUGUUUCUCGACAGGAUGGGGAUGAUUCCAUCGCAGAGUCGUGUCCCAACAUCACGCAUGUCGAUUUGAGCAGAAACCUGUUCGAGACGAUUGGGCCAGUGGCGGAUAUUUGCGCAGAGCUAAAGACGUUGCGGAAGCUGAGCAUCGACGGCAACCGAUUCCAGGGGCUCUUGCAAGACGCGGCCCUGGACAGGCUCAGCUCUGCAUUCCGGGGCGUCGCGGAAUUAUCACUCCAAGAGACGCUGCUCACCUGGGAGGAGGUGUGUGCAAUUGCCGUCCGAUGCCCCAGCUUGAGGGACUUGAAUGCCGGCUCGAAUCAACUUACGUCCCUCGCAAAGAUGGACUACCUCUCUCUCUCGUCCACAUUAACCUCGAUAAAUCUCGAAUUCAACGAUUUCACGUGUCUGUCUGACCUUGCGAGCCUCACACGCUUGACCUCCCUGCGAAACCUCAACCUCAAGGGCAACAAUAUCGCUGCCAUCACAGCGCAUGGCGUCCCCAGCCCCGUGUUCCCUCCGUCUCUACAAUACCUCGACUUGUCGUACAACAACAUAUCCGCCUGGUCCUUUGUAGACCUUCUGCCCGCUCACUUCCCUGGCCUCAACGCGCUGCGCCUGUCACACAAUCCCGUCUACAACGCCGCCGGCAGCGACGACACGAAGGCAUCAUCCUCGGAAGAAUCACACAUGCUCACCAUAGGAAGGCUCGCCAAUCUGCAGAGUCUGAAUUACGCACAAGUCAAGGCCGCGGAUCGAACAAACGCCGAAAUGUUUUACUUGUCGCGGAUAGCGAAGCAGCUGGCUGCAGUCCCCGAAUCUGCAGAACAUACCGUCUUGGCUCAACACCCGCGGUACGGGGAGCUCUGUGCCAUCUACGGGGAACCGGACGUUGUUCGCAGGGACGAGAUUAACCCUAAUUUCUUAGAGGCGCGCCUUAUCUCGGUGACGUUUCAUCUUGAGGGAGCGGAGAAGAGGACGUGCAGGAUACCCAAGUCCUUUGACGUUUAUGCCGUCAAGGGCAUUGCGGGCAAGUUGUUUGAUUUGCCGCCGUUGAAAGUGAAACUGGUCUGGGAGACGGGGGAGUGGGAUCCCGUGGCAGGAUACGAUGACGGCGACGGGGACAGCAGCGAUGACGAGGACCUGCGUGGUGGAGAGACCGCGGCCGCGGGGGCGGAUGAAGACGUUGACGGGCGGUGGAUAGAGAGGGAGGUGGAGCUGAAGGACGGGCCUAAGCAGCUUGGAUACUGCGUUGACGGGCUAGACGUGUCUAUUCGGAUCGAGAGGCGUUGA